UCUAGAACAUAACACAUUUUGAAAGGGAAGUCGCACGCUCACAACACUAUUUCCUAUGCAAGGCCUGCGCAUAAUCCUGCAACGCGCCAACGGGUCUGCAAUACAUCACCUGGUGCUUGAUCCGGUGAGUCCUGGCGAUGUCCCCAUGAUUAUCAUUAUCGCUGACGGUGUUCAUCCUUCUCCACCUGAGAAGCUGGAGCGCAGAAAGCAAGUGCUCAUGGCUGUUAUGGAAAUCACGGGAGGAUCCGACAUGGCUUGACGCCUUGUCUUGAUGUAUCUCGGCGAAAGCGCUCUUCCUUGCAAUCAGAAAUGAUGUUAGGACUCUCCUACGUUUGCCUAUUUCUAGAGGGAGUAAAUCUCGAUCAGCUGCUAUCGGUACUGAUGGCCCUCCGAUUGGGUUGUUUACGAGUUGUGGAUAGCCAUGAGGCAGAGUCGCCAGGGGCCUCUAGCACACCUGACUCGCGUAGAAGACUAACCCGGCUCUUUUGUUCCGGCUGGAAAUUCGUUCGAACAUAUAUGCACGGGCCGCCAUCAACGAGAACGGAUGCGUCAGGGCAUUUAAAGUUACGUCGAAUUCACUUCUGCCCAAAGCUCCCGAACAAUAAUUGUAUGAGAGUACUCGUUUUGUUUGAUUCAUGCUCUGUUUGUAGGGUUAUCGUGUGCUUGUCUGUCCUCGAGUAUGCACGUGUGUCUAGUCUUGACCACGAUACAAUGUCAUAGAAGGAAACUUGGGGUAAUGAAGUUUCAUUGCUCCAAGUCUUCAAUAUCAAUCAAUUUGAUUGAUCACGU